GCUCCGCCCCUGCCCUGCCUCCAGCGCUUGGGCCGCUAGUCCCGCUCGCCGCGCUGCCGGCCGCCGCCGCCGCCGCCGCCGCCAUGGCCAAGCCCCUGACGGACCAGGAGAAGAGGCGGCAGAUCAGCAUCCGCGGCAUCGUGGGCGUGGAGAACGUGGCCGAGAUCAAGAAGGGCUUCAACCGGCACCUGCACUUCACGCUGGUCAAGGACCGCAACGUGGCCACCCCCCGCGACUACUUCUUCGCGCUGGCGCACACGGUGCGCGACCACCUGGUGGGGCGCUGGAUCCGCACGCAGCAGUACUACUACGAGAAGUGCCCCAAGAGGGUUUAUUACCUCUCUUUGGAAUUUUACAUGGGCCGAACAUUACAGAACACCAUGAUCAACCUUGGCCUGCAAAAUGCCUGUGACGAGGCCAUUUACCAGCUUGGACUGGAUAUGGAAGAGCUGGAAGAAAUGGAGGAGGAUGCCGGGCUUGGCAAUGGGGGUCUUGGGAGGCUUGCCGCCUGCUUCUUGGAUUCCAUGGCAACCCUGGGACUUGCAGCCUAUGGAUAUGGCAUCCGAUACGAAUACGGAAUCUUCAAUCAGAAGAUCCGAGAUGGAUGGCAGAUAGAAGAGGCAGAUGAUUGGCUCAGACAUGGAAACCCCUGGGAGAAGGCCCGGCCUGAGUUCAUGCUGCCUGUGCACUUCUAUGGAAAAGUAGAGCACACCAACACUGGGACCAAAUGGAUCGACACCCAGGUGGUCCUGGCCCUGCCAUAUGACACCCCAGUGCCUGGGUAUAUGAAUAACACCGUCAACACCAUGCGCCUCUGGUCCGCGCGGGCGCCAAAUGACUUUAACCUCAGAGACUUUAACGUUGGAGACUACAUUCAGGCUGUGCUGGACCGAAAUCUGGCUGAGAACAUCUCCCGGGUCCUCUAUCCCAAUGAUAAUUUUUUUGAAGGGAAGGAGCUGAGAUUGAAGCAGGAGUACUUUGUGGUGGCUGCUACCUUGCAAGAUGUCAUCCGACGUUUCAAAGCCUCCAAGUUUGGCUCCACGGAUAGUGCCAAAACUGCGUUCGAUGCCUUUCCAGACCAGGUUGCCAUCCAGCUGAAUGACACACACCCCGCACUUGCCAUCCCUGAGCUGAUGAGGAUUUUUGUGGAUAUUGAAAAACUGCCCUGGUCCAAGGCCUGGGAGAUCACCCAGAAGACCUUUGCAUACACCAACCACACGGUGCUCCCAGAGGCUCUGGAGCGCUGGCCCGUAGAGCUGGUGGAAAAGUUGCUUCCUCGACAUUUGCAAAUCAUUUAUGAGAUAAAUCAGAAGCAUUUAGAUAGAAUUGCGGCCUUGUUUCCUAAAGAUGUCGACCGUCUGAGAAGAAUGUCUCUGAUUGAAGAGGAAGGAGGCAAAAGGAUCAACAUGGCCCAUCUCUGCAUUGUGGGCUCCCAUGCUGUGAAUGGCGUGGCUAAAAUUCACUCAGACAUUGUGAAGACCCAAGUAUUCAAGGACUUCAGUGAGCUAGAACCAGACAAAUUUCAGAAUAAAACCAAUGGGAUCACUCCGAGGCGCUGGCUCUUACUCUGCAACCCAGGGCUGGCAGAGUUAAUAGCGGAGAAAAUCGGGGAAGACUACGUGAAAGACUUAAGCCAGCUGACGAAGCUGCGGGGCUUCCUGGACGAUGACGUGUUCCUCCGAGAAAUCGCCAACGUGAAGCAGGAGAACAAGCUCAAGUUUUCUCAGUUCCUGGAGAAGGAGUACAAAGUGAAGAUCAACCCCUCCUCCAUGUUCGAUGUGCACGUGAAGCGCAUCCACGAGUACAAGCGGCAGCUCCUGAACUGCCUGCACGUGGUCACCAUGUACAACCGCAUUAAGAAAGACCCCAGGAAGUUAUUCGUGCCCAGAACAGUCAUAAUCGGUGGCAAAGCUGCCCCGGGAUAUCACAUGGCCAAAAUGAUCAUAAAGCUCAUCACCUCGGUGGCAAAUGUGGUGAACAAUGACCCUGUGGUUGGAAACAAGUUGAAAGUCAUCUUCUUGGAGAACUACAGAGUGUCUCUUGCUGAAAAAGUCAUUCCAGCUACAGAUCUGUCGGAGCAGAUCUCCACUGCAGGCACUGAAGCCUCAGGGACAGGCAAUAUGAAAUUCAUGCUGAAUGGGGCCCUGACCAUUGGGACCAUGGAUGGAGCCAACGUGGAAAUGGCAGAGGAAGCUGGGGAAGAGAAUCUGUUCAUCUUUGGCAUGAGAGUAGAUGAUGUGGCCGCUUUGGACAAGAAAGGGUAUGAGGCAAAAGAAUAUUACGAAGCACUUCCAGAGCUGAAGCUGGCCAUUGAUCAAAUUGACAAUGGCUUCUUCUCUCCCAAGCAGCCUGACCUCUUCAAAGACUUAGUCAACAUGCUAUUUUAUUACGACAGGUUUAAAGUCUUCGCAGACUAUGAAGCCUAUGUCAAGUGUCAAGAAAAAGCCAGCCAGCUGUACAUGAAUCCAAAGGCCUGGAACACAAUGGUACUCAAAAAUAUAGCUGCUGCAGGGAAAUUCUCUAGUGACCGAACAAUUAAGGAAUAUGCCAGGGACAUCUGGAACAUGGAGCCUUCAGAUCUCAAGAUUUCCCUAUCCAGUGAAUCUAGCAAUGGGGUGAACAAAGCCAGUGGAAAGUAAGUUGUAAAAUGUCUCUAGAAAAAAAAAUAACUUCUUACUGGAUUUAAAAACUUUUACAACAUUCUUUGAUUUUGUUUUGUUUUGUUAGCUAAUAAUCUAGUUAAGAAUUUCUGGGAAUUAGGAGGGAAAGUGUAUGACUGUAUUAGGGCUAAAAAUAAAGUGCCAAUUUACAAGGGCUA